UCGAAAGUAAAUCAAUUAAGGCAAAAAUAAGCCUAAGCCUAACUUUGGGGCAAGAAAAUUACAUUCUAAAACCCCCAAAAAUAUUUGAUUGUCUCUGAAACUAAAAAACUGGAAAUUGGCAGUAGGGUUUUACACACACGAAAAAAGGGGAUGAUUGGAAGGAGGUUUAUUUCAUUUUUCAAGCGCAACCCUUCUUCUAGCAAAGGGGCGGUGGAUGAAGUGAAGCAGAAAACAUGGGGAAGAAGGAUAGUGUCAGGAGGGUUGAUUUGUGUGACGGGCGGCGUUGCGUUAAGUGCUCUUGAUGAUCUUCUUAUUUAUCAUGGUUGUAGCAGCAAAGCCUUAGAGAAAGCGAGCCAAAACCAGGCUGUAAUAGAUGCAAUUGGGGUGCCGAUUGCUAGAGGUCCUUGGUAUAAUGCAUCACUUGCAGUCACUCAUAAAAGGCACUCUGUAUCCUGCACUUUUCCUGUUACUGGACCCCAAGGUAGUGGAAUUUUUCAACUAAGGGCUGUUCGCAAUGCGGAAGAGAGCUGGCAAUCAUUUUUCCGGCCACGUGAAUGGGAAAUUUUAAUAAUGGAAGCUCUCUUACAUGUUCCUGAAAAUGAAGAAAAGGAAAGAACAUUCAGAAUUAGUCUCUCAGAUGAAAUUUCUUUACCUGCAUGCCAGCCAUGCUCCACAGGUUGCACUAUAACUCAAGAACCAGCUGCUCCCGAAAACAAACAACCUCAAGCCACUUGAGUCAUUUUACACUCUUACAGAUAAUUCUAAAUCGAAACAAGUAUUCAUUUCAGGUGCUUUUCCAAAUAAAUAUUUUGCUUUAAAAUAUACAUGUUUCAUACAACGGAUGGUUGUAUAAUGUGUCCGUUGUAGUUCUAAGCUUCUAGCUUUAUCCAAAUUCAUUCUUUUGUUCGA